AUGGCCAUCAAUGACGUUGAGAAGGUGUCAAGAUCGACGACUGCGCACGAACUUCGAGAAUGUGAAGCUACGCCUGCAGAACCCGAGCCCGGAAGCGGCGAUAUCAAGGUCCUGGCUGAUUCUAGUCUGUCGGGCAACGUCAAGACCACAGCGGAUGGCAACAUUGUUUUGAUCCCACAACCGAGCGCUGACCCGGACGAUCCUCUAAACUGGAGCUGGAAGAAGAAGCACUUCGUGUUCACGGCGUUGAUGCUUCCUUCGUUUCUCUCCGAUUUCAGCGUCACCUAUGGUGCUGUUAUCUUCGAGAAGCAAGCCCAGACGUGGGAUAUGAGCGUGGCUGCAGUUUCCAAUUCAAUCGGCGGUGCCUUAUUCAUGUUAGGCCCCGGCGGAGUUCUUGCAGUCCCCAUGACUGAAAGAUUCGGGAGGCUUCCGGUACUAUUCUGGUCGCAGUUGGCUGGCUUGGUUCUCACCAUUGGUGCCACCUUGUCCACUACGUACACGGGUUUCACAGCCGUUCGAGUAUUGCAGGGACUGUUCACUUCGCCGCCUCAAGUUAUUGGCUUGACCUUCAUCCAUGACAUGUUCUUUUUCCACGAGCGAACACGCAAGAUUAAUAUAUGGUGCGUCGCAUUCCUGGUUGGGCCAAUAUUCGCACCAGUCAUGUCAUCCUUGAUACUGUCCAAGGUCGGAUGGCGUGAAGAUUUCGCUGUUGUGGCCGGUAUGUACUUCCUGUCGCUGCUCCUUGUCAUCGUCAUGGGAGACGAAACAGCGUUCGACAGAAGAAAUACGGGUAACAACAUCAAGUCCUGCGGUAUCCGAGGAAGACUGGAACUUUUGACGGGCGUAGCUGGCUGGAAGACCAAAGGUCGCCCGAGCCUGAGGUCCGUAUUCGUUCAGAUCUUCCAAGUGCAGAUCAAACCACAAAUGCUGCUCCCAGCCACUGGAUUCUACAUGGUGCUUGUCAUGUGGACGAUCGGAUUCGUGACCACGCUCUCGCAGAUUCUGUAUCCAGCGCCCUACUUUUUCACGCCAGCGCAGGUUGGACUUUUCUAUCUGGCACCAUGCAUUGGAUCCGUGGUCGGCGAGCUAUAUGGCCAUUGGUUCAAUGAUUGGUUGUGCACCCGAUAUAUCCGAAAGCACAACGGAAAGUACCGCCCCGAGAACCGGCUGUGGAGCUGUUAUCCGGGAUUGGUACUCGGAGUUGCGGGCCUGGUGAUAUAUGGGCAAGCCUUGCAACAUCAACUAUCGUGGGUAGUUCUGGCCGUCGGCUAUGGGGUCUAUGCUGUGGCGCAAAUGGCGGUGCCAGUCGCGAUCAUAGCGUAUCUGCUGGACGUCUUUCCAGAUCAUUCGGUUAUUACUUCCGCAAUCAUCAACUUCUGGCGAACAACGGGUGGUUUCUGCGUGGGCUAUUUCGAGCUGAAGUGGAUUGCCCGCACCGGCGCAGGUGCUACCUUUGGCACACAAGCGGCGUUGUUGGUCGCAAGUUUCUUGACCAUAAUUGCCGUGCAGAUCUGGGGGAAAGAAUGGAGAGCGAAGUAUCCGGCCCCGAGCGUUGGAUAG